AUGAUGGAGCAGUACAAGGGCGUGCGCCUGGGCGAGCUCAGCCCGCACGUGUUUGCCAUCGCCGAGACAGCUUACAGGGCCAUGCUGGACUGUGGCGAGAGCCAGUCCAUUCUGGUGAGCGGGGAGAGCGGGGCGGGGAAGACAGAGACAACGAAGCUCAUCAUGCAGUAUCUGGCCUACAUGGGCGGGCGGGCCACUGAGGGCCGAUCCGUGGAAGCACAAGUGCUGGAGUCAAAUCCCCUCCUAGAAGCCUUUGGCAAUGCCAAGACAGUCAGGAACAACAACUCGAGCCGGUUUGGCAAGUUUGUGGAGAUCCAGUUUGAUGUGGCGGGGCGAAUAUCGGGGGCAGCAGUGCGGACGUACCUGCUAGAGCGGUCCAGAGUGGUGCAGACCUCUGAUCCUGAGCGCAACUACCACUGCUUCUACCAGCUCUGUGCCGGUGCCACCCCUGAGGAAGCAGCAAAAUUAAAGCUCGCCCCACCAGAGACGUUCCACUACCUCAACCAGAGUUCCUGCUUUGAGCUAACUGGGUACAGCAACAACGCUGACGAGUAUGCUGCCACCCGCAGAGCCAUGGACGUGGUGGGGCUCAGCCACCUGGAGCAGGACGCCAUUUUCCGAGUGGUGGCAGCAAUCCUGCACCUGGGCAACAUCUCGUUUGCCCCAGGCAAGCAGCCCGACUCAUCCAAGGUGUCGGGCGACAAGGCCAAGUUCCACCUGGAAGCAGCAGCGGAGCUCCUUGGGUGCGAUCGGCGAGCACUGCGAGAAUCACUCAUCACUCGCACGCUGGUGACUCGCGAUGGGAACAUCAAGAGGGAGUUGGACCCGGCAGCAGCAGUGAUCAGCAGAGAUACGCUCGCCAAGACCAUCUACUCCAAGCUCUUCGAUUGGCUGGUGCACAAGGUGAACGUGUCUAUCGGCCAGGACCCCCAUGCCAAGUCAAUCAUUGGUGUGCUUGACAUCUACGGCUUCGAGAGCUUCCAAACCAACAGUUUUGAGCAGUUCUGUAUCAACCUGGCAAACGAGAAGCUCCAACAGCACUUCAACCAGCACGUGUUCAAGGCAGAGCAGGAGGAGUAUGAGAGCGAAGCGAUCGACUGGAGCUACAUUGAGUUUGUGGAUAACCAAGACGUGCUCGAGCUCAUAGAGAAGAAGCCAAUGGGGAUCAUUGCUCUCCUGGACGAACAAUGCAUGUUUCCCAAGUCAAACCAUGAGACGUUUGCCACGAAGCUCUAUCAGACAGUGGGGGCCCAUCGACGCUUCGACAAGCCCAAGCUCUCACAGACCGACUUCACCAUCGAGCACUACGCUGGCAAGGUCACCUACCAAACCGAUCUUUUUCUGGAGAAGAACAAGGACUACGUGGUGAUGGAGCACCAGGCGCUGCUAGGGGCGUCAGUAGACCCUUUCGUGGCUGCGCUUUUCCCCAUGCCCUCGGGUGACAAGGCCAAGACCAAGUUCACUUCUCUGGGUUCGGGAUUCAAGCAACAACUGGCGGAGCUGAUGUCGACUCUGAGCCACAUGGACCCUCACUACGUGCGAUGUGUGAAGCCGAACGGGCAGUACAAGCCGGGGUACUUUGAGAACCCCAGCGUCAUCCACCAACUCAGAUGCGGGGGCGUGCUGGAGGCCAUUCGAAUCAGCUGUGCAGGCUAUCCCACUCGCCGCCCCUUCGACGAGUUUCUUGACAGAUUCUCUGUUCUCGCGCCGGACCUGUGUGAUGGGAGAAGAUACGACGACAAGACAGCCGUUACUCUCAUGCUGCAACGACUGGGCUUCAGCAACUUCCAGGUGGGGAGAACCAAGGUGUUCCUACGAGCAGGGCAGAUGGCGGACCUGGAUGCUCUGAGGGCGGAGAGGCUUAUGUGGGCGGCGCGCGUGAUUCAGCGCGCGUGGCGGUCGUGGCGGCAGUUCAUGCGGUACAACAUGCUGCGAUGGGCUGUCAUCAGAUUGCAGGCGCGGUGGCGAGGCCACCUGACUCGGCAGUACUACAGCUGGCUACGAGAAGAAGCAGCAGCGGUGACGAUUCAGAAGCACGUGCGGCGGUACACCACGCAGCUGGCCUACGAGCACACGCGCUACAGUGCCAUCAUCAUCCAGGCGGCGUUCCGCGGCAUGUUGUGCCGCAAGUGGGUGCGGGAGAUCAGAGUGCAGCGGGCGGCAACAAGGAUACAGGCGGCCUGGCGAGGCUAUGUGGAUCGAAUGGACUUCCUCCGCGAGCGCUGGAGCGCCGUGGUCAUUCAGAGCGCGUGGCGAGCGAGACAGGCACGCAGGCUGCUGAGACAAUUGCGAGUGGAGGCUCGGCAGGCAGGGGCCUUAAGGGAGGCCAAGUCGAAGCUGGAGAAGCAGCUGGAGGAGCUGACGUGGCGGCUGCAGCUGGAGAAGCGCAUGCGGGUGAGUGAGUGGGGCUGUAUGGGAGUAGGAGGGAAUGUGUAUGCGCGUCAUGGGCUGUGGAUGGCUCCUGAGGCGUCUCACAAGCAGCUGGAGGAGCUGACGUGGUGGCUGCAGCUCGAGAAGCGCAUGCGGGUGAGUGAGGAUGGGGAUUUGUGGAGUGAUCACCCAUCUUCUCUUUCCCUUCUUCAUGCCCACUGCUCCUCCUCAUCCUGCUUUCCCCCAAACCAGCUGGACCUAGAGGAGGCAAAGGCUGCCGAGAUCCAACGGCUGCAAGCGCAAGUGGAAGAUCUACGGUCCGAGCUCGACGACACGCGAACCCGGCUGGAGAGCCAAGUAGACGACACCCGGCGGCAGCUAGACGAGUCCCAAGGCAGGCUAGAAGAAGCACAGGGGCGAUUGGAGGAAGCACAAGCGAGGUUGGAGGAGGCACAGGGGAAGGUGGAACAGGCAGAGGCCGAGGUGCGGCAGCUGAGGGAGCAGAGCGAGCGAAUGGCGGAGGAGAGUGCCAGGCUGGCUGAACAGCUGGCGGACCGACCGGUGGUGGCAGCUGGUGGUGUUGGUGCUGGUGGUGGUGUUGGGAGUGGGGGGCGAGGGGGUGUGGCGUCUGGCGGGGGAGCGUCGGAUGCUGCUGCGUUUGUGUCAUCAGCGUCGUCAGUGAGAGCAGCAGGGGAGAGUGCGGGGAGACCUGCUGGGGAGGGUGAUGGCGAGCUGCAGCAGGAAAAUGUGCAGCUCAAGUCGCUGCUGGCGGAGUCAGAGGGGCGUCUGGCUCGUUACGAGGCCGAGGUGGCCGGGCAGGUCCAGGAGAAGACAGCACGGAGCGAGCGGGAAUUGGAGCAGACCCAAGCGGAUCUAAAGCGAGUACAGGAGCUUUACUCGCGGAUGGAGAGAGAAAACCAAGCACUGCGGCAGCAGCAAGCACUCUCAGGCCCAGACAGAGGAGGAGGCGGAGGAGGAGGAGUGGGAGCAGGGAGAAACGGAGAGCAAGGAGCAGCUGGGGCUUUGGCGGUGCAAUCCCCGCAGCAAAGCGGGCUGGCCCCGAACCUGAGCUUCGGAUCGCCGAGCCAGAGCCACGGGUCGCCGAGCCAGAGGCUCGGGUCGCCAGACUCUCCUGUCCCGUUGGCGCUCACCCCGGCGAGUGGGAACGGCGGCAGAGGGGGUGUGGCGGGGAUGUCUCCGCUGGGGAGCGUGUCUGGUGAAGGAGGAGACAGGCGGUUCUAUCGCAUGCAGUCUGAACGGUUCUCGGUGAGUGGAAAGGGCAGCAGGGGGGUUGUGGUGGGAUGGCAGAAGAGGGGGAGUGGCGGGAUGUCGUCGCUGGGAAGUGGUUCAGGGGAAGGUGGAGAGAGCAGGCGGUUCUAUCGCACGCAGUCUGAACGGCACUCCGUGAGUUGGAAUGCCAGCAGGGCACCCCUGCCCUGGGAGAGCGUGCUUUUGAGGCGCCUCGAACCCCUGCGAGUGGGAACGGCGGCAGAGGGGGUAUGGCGGGGAUGUCGCCGCUGGGAAGUGUGUCUGGGGAAGGAGGAGACAGGCGGUUCUAUCGCAUGCAGUCCGAGCGGCACUCGCCAAAAUAACAUAGCACCUUUCCCCCCUUACUCACCCUUCCCCUCUCUGCUCCUACCACCCUCCAUCCCUCCUCUCGUCUCCCCCCGCUCCUUUACCCUGGUUCCCCAAUCACAGCAAGAGCAGGAAACACUGCUAAAGGCCCUCUCAGCCACGAGCCUAGGCUACAGCAACAAGCGCCCCCUCGCCGCCUGCAUAGUCUACAAGUGCCUCCUGCACUGGCGGGCAUUUGAGGCAGAGCGAACGAGCAUCUUCGACCGAAUCAACCGCACCAUCAGAUCAGCUGUUGAGGAGGAUGAUAAGGCGCUGGCAGCACUGGGGAGUGGAGGGGUGCUGAGCGGUGGAGGGGGGUUGGGAGGGAAGAGCAUGGGGCGGCUGGCGUAUUGGUUAUCCAACACUUCGUGUCUGCUGGUACUGCUGCAGCGGACGCUCAAGGCCAGUGGGGGGGGGCAGGCUGGGCCGGGAGGGAGGAGGAGAGGUGCGCAAGGGGGGCGGACUAGUGGGAGGAUGGCUCAGAUGGGCCCUCAAAUGGGAUAUCCGCCGUCCCCCCCAUUGCCGGAUGGGUCAAGCUCGCUGAAGCUGGUAGAUGCUAAGUACCCCGCUCUGCUGUUCCGGCAGCAGCUGACAGCGUAUGUGGAGAAGGUGUUUGGGCUGAUCCGAGACAACCUGAAGCGGGACAUUUCGCCCAUCCUGGGGCAGUGCAUUCAGGUGGGUGUGAUAAGCUUAUUGGGGGGCACUUGGAUGGGGGUGGGUGGGGGGGAUGGGGGCGCAGCUGGGUUGCUGCUGUUCCGGCAGCAACUGACAGCGUAUGUGGAGAAGGUGUUUGGGCUGAUCAGAGAUAACCUGAAGCGAGACAUCUUGCCCAUCUUGGGGCAGUGCAUUCAGGCCCCUCGUGUCUCCCGCUCCUCAUACGGCCGGCAAUCCUCGUCUCCUAGCAGCGCAGCAGGCAGCGGCCCCGCGUCAUCAUCCCCACCAAGCCCGUGGCAUGCCAUCAUUGCGUCGCUCUCCUCGCUGCUCGCGACGCUCAAGGGCAACCACGUGGCGCCGUUCCUCAUCCGGAAGAUGUUUGCUCAGGUCUUCUCCUUCAUCAACGUUCAGCUUUUCAACAGCUUGCUGCUCCGCCGUGAGUGCUGCUCGUUGAGCAACGGGGAGUAUGUGAAGGCGGGGUUGCAGGAGGUGCAGCAGUGGAUGCGGGAGGCAGGGGAGGAGAGCAUGGGGCGCGCGUGGGAGGAGCUGAGGAGUAUCACUCAGGCUGUGGGGUUUCUGGUGCUGCACCAGAAGCCUAAAAAGAGUCUGGAAGAGAUCGUGACAACUCUCUGUCCGUCGCUGUCAACGCAGCAGCUGUAUCGCAUCGCAACCAUGUACUGGGAUGGCAAGUACGGCACACACACCGUCAGCACGCAGGUCAUUCAGAUGAUGCGCGCACGAAUGAGCGAGGAGGCGAGGAGCCCGGCUGCUACUGGCUCGUUUCUGCUGGAUGAUGACUCGAGUAUCCCCUUCGGUCCGGACGAUUUUGCGCGCAGCAUGGAGGGCAUUGACAUUGCAGUGCUGCCGGUGCCGCCUCCCCUCAGGGAUAACCCCGCCUUCCACUUCCUCUCCUCGCGCGCUUAA